AUGUUCCGCUCCGCCGUCCUCCGCACCGCCAGCGCCGCCGCGCGUGUCGCCCGCCCUUCCGUCGCCCUUCGAGCCCCCCUGGCACGGCAACCCGUGCUCGCCGCGUCUGCGCCCCGUCUCGUCGCCGCCUGGAAGCCUCUCGGCGUCCGGAUGUACUCUGCCGGCGGUGCCCUGACCAAGAACGAGGUUGAGACUAGGAUCACUACCCUUCUGAACGGGUUUGAUAAGGUCAACGACCCGAAGAACAUCACCUCCUCCGCCCACUUCGCCAACGACCUCGGUCUCGACAGCCUUGACGCCGUCGAGGUCGUCAUGGCCAUCGAGGAGGAGUUCAGCAUCGAGAUCCCCGACAAGGACGCCGAUACCAUCCACUCGGUCAACCAGGCCGUCGAAUACAUCCUCAGCCAGCCCGAUGCGCAGUAA